AAGCAAGACCCUCUCUUUCCUAUUUGAUUCAUAGCUUCACACUCUCAUCAUCUAUCCCUUAUAUCUCCUCCAAUUAGCACCAGAUAACUCAUCACUUCCCCCUCCAAUUAGCACCAGAUAACUCAUCAUUAAUGAUCCAUUUGACAUUUCAUCAUUUCACCACUUUGCCUAUUCCACUAGGAUUAUUUCCUAACUUGUAGUUUCAAUUCUCUCUUUUUUGUGCAAUUUCCCCUCUUCACAUUCUCUUUCCAUAUCCAAAGUAUUCCUAUAAUCUUUUGCAAUUCCUUAAUGGCCAAUACUAAAUAACCAAAGUGGCAUAUUUUUAAGUCAUAUAAAAGCUUAGUUUGAAAGUGUAAGCCUUUGUUGCUAACGUUUCAUCUCCACGAAAUGGUAGAUAACAUGAAGUGUGAACAAGUUGGUCUCAUUGAUGAGCUAAUGCAAGGGAAGGAGCUAGCAAAGCAGCUCUGUGAUCAUUUGGUCUCAUCAUCAUUACCAUCAUCACCAUCAUCAUCAUCAACAACAACAUCACCACCACCAUCAUCCCAUGAAACAAAUGAAGUCCUAAUUGAGAAAAUACUUAUCUCCUAUGAAAAAGCACUUGCCAUGCUGAAUUGGAAGACUACUGAGGGAGAGAGAAAGACCAAGAAUGGUAGCAUGAUGGAUUCUCAUUGUUCUUUCACAAAUGGUAGCCCCAGAAGUGAGGUUCAAAACCUUGAGGUUAAGCACAAAGAUGUCUUCAAGAAAAGAAAGACCUUGCCUAGGUCGACAGAUCAAGUGAAGGUGUGUUCAGGAACACCCCAUGAUGGGUCUCUGGAUGAUGGCUAUAGCUGGAGAAAAUAUGGGCAGAAAGAUAUUCUUGGAGCUAAGUUUCCAAGAGGGUAUUUCAGAUGCACAUAUAGAAAUGUACAAGGGUGUCUGGCCACUAAGCAAGUGCAAAAGUCAGAUGAAGACCCAAUGAUAUAUGAGAUAACCUAUAAAGGAAGACACACAUGCACCCAAGCAAGUCACUUAAACAAGGCAUUCCCGUCGAAAGCAAAGACGGGUUUGGGAGAAAACAAACACCAAACCCAUCAAAAGAAUCAACCACAACAAGAGAAAAUAGAACAACCCAGUGAGACAAUUUUCUCUUUUGGAUCAAGUCUUGAAGUUAAAAUGGAGGACUUGGAAAACAAGGAGGACAUAUUCCCAUCAUUUUGCUUUGCUUCUCCAUCAAUAGGAUCUGAAAAUGAGGACAAAAACAUAUUCUCAGAUUCCAUGAUUGAAAACAAUUUCAUGGAAAGCUUUUCUCCUGCAUUCAUAUCACCAACAACUUCAGAAUCGAACAUUUUCUGUUUGUCACCAUGCUACUUGGGCAGCACUGGACUAGGCCAAAGUGUGCAAACCUCAGAGUCUGAUCUCACAGACAUAGUUUCAGCACCAACUUCAAUCACCAAUUCCCUUAUAAUGGAUUUUGAUUUCAUCCUUGAUAAGUUCGAUUUCGACACAUUUUUCCCCUUGAACACCCCAGAACUUUGCUCUUCAUAAAUUGUCCUCUUUCAAGUUAACACAAUAUAUAGUUUGUGUGCGGAUUAACCAUGAAUUUUGUAGAUCCUGACUAGCAUCAUAACUGAGGGAAGGAAAUGCAUCAUAAUCAAAUAUUUUGCAUAAAUGAAUGCAAUGAAACUUCCCUUUCAUGCUAGUUAAGUGAGCUUUCAUGUACCUAGGUUGUAAUGUGAAAAUAAUUUGUAUGCUGUAGCUUUAGUCAUUUGUGGAUUCUCAGUUCUCACUUGAGUUGUUGUAACAUAGUUAUGUGUCUUCUUCUGGCUCAAGCAGAGCGAGAAAUUGUGAAAUAAAUGAAUUUUCACCACAUAUUUUUGCAUCUAAAGUUAUGAUCAAUGCAU